UCUACAAUCUCUCUCUACUUGAAAUUGAUUCAGAAUGCACACUUUCUGAUUUCUGUAGGGUUUUAAACGAUUAAUUCUACUUUCUUUGUUUUUCUACAGUGUUUGAUUGAACAAAUCACUCAACAGGAUGAUGAUGAUGUGAUUCAUGUGAAUUUGCUUGAGUUAUGAUGGAACAAGGUUUAGGAUCUGAGUCAAUACCUACAUCUGCAACUCUAGAUAAAUCUCGAAUCUUUAAUGUCAAGCCAUUGCGUUGUCUUGAGCCAAUGUUUCCUUCAUCAUCUUCUGGUACAUCUUCAUUUUCAUCUCCCCAAUCUGCUUCAUUUGUAUGUACCCCUCCAACUGGACCUUUUCCACCUGGAGUUACAUCGUUUUUUCCAUUCAUUUCUCACAAUGGGUCUGUUAGUCAAGACUGGCCUCAUUCUGUAAAUGGAAAUGGUUACAUGAUGAAUAAAUGUAAUCAGAAUAUGGGUAGUUCAAAAGGGGAGAGUACUCGGAAAAAGAUGAGAAACUCUGAAGAUGGUGAUGGAGAUGGAGAUGAUAUUGAUGCUGAUAUUGAGAUGGUUGCUAACAGUUUCUUGUCAUCAUAUGAUCUUAUGAGGUUUGAUUCCUCGUCGCAAGCUGAAGGGGACAAGGAAUCAGUUAAUUUUGUCCUUAUGAUGUUUGAUUUACUGAGGAGAAAGAUUAUCCAACAUGAAGAUUCUAAAGGAGGUACGUCGUCGAUAAUCGCGAGGAAUGCUAACCUUAAGGCUGGUGCAUUCUUGUUGAAUAGAGGAAUCAGAACGAAUACCCAAAAGAAGAUUGGAGCUGUCUCAGGAAUUGAAGUUGGGGAUAUUUUCUUUUUCAGGAUGGAACUUUGUGUGGUGGGAAUGCAUGCUCCUCCAAUGGCUGGGAUUGAUUACAUGAGUAUGAAGAUAGUUUCCGACGAAGAAUCUGUUGCUGUUGGUAUUGUCUCGUCUGGAGGAUACGAGGAUAAUGAUGAUGAUGAUGAUAACGGAGAAAUCUUGAUUUACAGUGGUCAAGGUGGGAACAUGAAUAGGAAAGACAAAGAUGUAACUAUAAGCGAUCAGAAACUCAUAAAAGGUAAUCUUGCUUUGGAGAAGAGCUUGCAUAAAGGUAACGAUAUACGAGUAAUUCGUGGUAUGAAGGAUCUUGCCCAUCCAACUGGGAAGGUGUAUUUCUAUGAUGGUCUUUACAGAGUUCAGGAAUCCUGGGUGGAGAAAGGUAAAGCAGGAUACAAUAAUUUCAAGUAUAAACUUGGUAGAGUACCUGGUCAGCCUCAGGCUUUUACAUUGUGGAAAUCGAUUCAGCGUUGGAAGGAAAGUAUUUCUUCGAGAAAUGGGGUUAUCCUGACAGAUCUUACGUUUGGGGCUGAAAAUCUUCCUGUUUGUGUUGUAAACGAAGUUGAUAACGAAAAAAAUCCUGCUUCUUUCACUUACAGUACCAGUCUCAAGAAUGUUAAACCAAUUAAUUCGUGUAAAAGCUGCAGUUGCAGAGGUGGAUGUCAACCGGGCAAUUUAAACUGCUGUUGUGUUCAUAAAAAUGAAGGUUCACUUAGUUAUUCGAGUUUGGGAGUUGCAUUAAGUUCAAAUUCAUUGAUAUAUGAAUGUGGUUCCUCUUGCUUAUGUCCUCUUAACUGUCGCAAUAGAAUUUCUCAGGCUGGAUUGAAAGUUCAGUUGGAGGUGUUUAAGACGAAGAACAAAGGUUGGGGGGUUAGGUCAUGGGAUCCUAUUCGAGCUGGAGCUUUUAUAUGUGAAUAUGCAGGGGAAAUUGUUGAGAAAUCUAAUGAUGAUGAUGACUAUGUUUUUGAUAUGUCGCGUACUUAUAAGUCGAAUGGAUAUGUUAAAGUACCAUAUCCGGUGGUUAUUAGCUCGAGAAAAAUUGGGAAUGUAGGUCGGUUUAUGAAUCAUAGUUGUGAUCCUAAUGUUUAUUGGCUUCCGAUUUCGCGUGGAAAUAAUGAUAAUGAAUCCGAUAUCCAUAUUGGUUUAUUUGCAAUUAGAAAUAUUGCUCCCAUGAAUGAAUUGAGUUUUGAUUAUGGUAUACCAUUUGAAUCUGGUAAAGAGAAAAAAAGGAAGAAAUGUUUAUGUGGAUCAUUACAUAGUUGCAGAGGUUACUAUUUCUAA